GUGUCUGGGCAUCUCCCCUCCGCGCCCGCUGCCUUGCUCCACCUGCCCUUGCGCCUUUUUUUUUCUUUCCCCCGUCUCUCCACCAAACCCGGGCUGAUGUGCUGUGCGAGAGGCUGGAAAUGGAAGUGUUGAUGCUCUGGCUUUUCCCCUGGAUAUUUCAGUGCGUUUCGGUGCGGGCGGACUCCAUCAUCCACAUUGGUGCCAUUUUCGAAGGCAAUGCUGCCAAGGACGACGAGGUGUUCAAGCAGGCGGUGUCGGAUCUGAACCUCAAUGACGACAUCCUCCAGAGCGAGAAAAUCACUUACUCCAUCAAGCUCAUAGAGGCCAACAACCCCUUCCAUGCGGUGCAGGAAGCCUGCGACCUGAUGACCCUGGGGAUCUUGGCCCUGGUGACGUCGACGGGCUGCGCGUCGGCCAACGCGCUGCAGUCGCUGACGGACGCCAUGCACAUCCCGCACCUGUUCGUGCAGCGCAGCACGGGCGGCUCCCCGCGCACGGCCUGCCAGCUCAACCCCAGCCUGGAGGACGAGGAGUACACGCUGGCAGCGCGCCCGCCCGUGCGCCUCAACGACGUCAUGCUCAAGCUGGUCACCGAGCUGCGCUGGCAGAAGUUCAUCGUCUUCUACGACAGCGAUUACGAUAUACGUGGACUGCAGGGAUUUCUCGAUCAGGCCUCCAGACUGGGACUUGAUGUAUCAUUACAAAAAGUGGACAGGAACAUCAGCAGAGUGUUUUCCAACCUUUUCACCACCAUGAAAACGGAAGAGCUGAACCGCUAUCGCGACACGUUGCGAAGGGCCAUCCUGCUCCUGAGCCCACGGGGAGCCCAGACUUUCAUUAACGAGGCUGUGGAAACCAACCUUGCAUCAAAGGAUAGUCACUGGGUCUAUGUAAAUGAGGAAAUCACUGAUAAUGAAAUAUUAGAGUUGGUGCAUAGUGCUCUGGGGAGGAUGACGGUUAUCCGGCAGAUUUUCCCUCUGGCAAGGGACAACAACCAGAGGUGCAUGAGGAACAACCACCGAAUAUCAUCCCUGCUGUGUGAUCCUCAGGAAGGCUAUCUUCAGAUGCUGCAGGUUUCCAACCUGUACCUGUAUGACAGUGUGCUCAUGCUGGCCAAUGCUUUCCACAGAAAACUGGAGGACAGAAAAUGGCACAGCAUGGCAAGUCUGAACUGCAUGAGGAAAUCCACCAAACCUUGGAAUGGAGGAAGAUCCAUGCUAGAGACUAUUAAGAAGGGCCAUAUAACUGGGCUAACUGGUGUUAUGGAGUUCAGAGAAGAUGGAGCCAACCCCUAUGUCCAAUUUGAAAUACUGGGCACCAGCUACAGCGAAACAUUCGGCAAAGACGUGCGGCGGUUGGCGACGUGGGACUCUGAGAAAGGACUGAACGGCAGCCUCCAAGAGCGACGUCUGGGCAACGACUUACAGGGAGUGACACUCAAAGUGGUGACUGUCUUGGAAGAACCUUUUGUGAUGGUGGCAGAGAAUAUCCUUGGGCAGCCAAAACGAUAUAAAGGCUUUUCCAUUGAUGUCCUGGAUGCACUGGCCAAGAAUCUAGGCUUCAAGUAUGAGAUAUAUCAAGCUCCUGAUGGCAAGUAUGGACACCAGCUCCAAAACAGCUCCUGGAAUGGCAUGAUUGGAGAACUCAUUAACAAGAGAGCAGACCUGGCCAUCUCAGCCAUCACCAUAACACCCGAGCGGGAGAGCGUGGUGGACUUCAGCAAGCGCUACAUGGACUAUUCCGUGGGGAUCUUAAUCAAAAAGCCCGAGGAGAAGAUCAACAUCUUCUCUCUCUUCGCUCCUUUCGACUUCGCGGUGUGGGCCUGCAUUGCCGCGGCCAUCCCGAUCGUGGGGGUGCUGAUCUUUGUGCUGAACCGCAUCCAGGCGGUGCGGGCGCAGAGCGCGGCGCAGCCGAGCCCCUCCGUGUCCUCCACCCUGCACAGUGCCAUCUGGGUCGUGUACGGAGCCUUCGUGCAGCAAGGGGGUGAAUCCACUGUCAAUUCUGUGGCGAUGCGCAUUGUAAUGGGAAGCUGGUGGCUCUUCACCCUCAUUGUGUGUUCUUCCUACACAGCGAAUUUAGCAGCAUUUCUCACAGUAUCAAGGAUGGAUAAUCCCAUAAGAACAUUUCAGGAUCUGUCUAAACAAAUGGAUAUCGCUUAUGGUACAGUCAGGGACUCAGCAGUGUAUGAAUACUUUAAAGCAAAAGGGACCAACCCUUUGGAGCAGGAUAACACAUUUGCUGAACUGUGGAGGACUAUCAGUAAGAAUAAUGGGGCAGAUAAUUGCGUAUCAAACCCUUCUGAAGGCAUCAGGAAGGCAAAGAAAGGAAAUUAUGCUUUCCUGUGGGAUGUGACAGUAGUGGAAUAUGCUGCACUGACAGAUGAUGAAUGCUCUGUGACAGUCAUUGGAAACAGCAUCAGCAGCAAAGGAUAUGGGAUAGCACUCCAGCAUGGAAGUCCCUACAGAGAUCUUUUCUCCCAGAGGAUCCUAGAGUUGCAAGAAAGUGGAGAUUUGGAUGUUCUUAAACAGAAGUGGUGGCCACGGAUGGGACGUUGUGACCUGAACAGCCAUACCAAUGCACAGACAGAUGGGAAGGCACUCAAGCUGCACAGUUUUGCAGGCGUUUUCUGCAUUUUAGCAAUAGGCCUUCUUCUUGCUUGCUUGGUGGCAGCAUUGGAGUUGUGGUGGAACAGCAACCGUUGUCAUCAAGAAACACCGAAAGAGAUACAGCAUGGGCAGCAGCAGUGCAAACUUCCCCUCAUUGCCCCACCAAUGUGCCUCAUCCCUGACCUGGAGAGACCACCUUUAGGGAUGGCCAAUGAUGUGAGGCUGGGCCUCAGAAGCAUGGACAAAGAAGUGAAUCUGGAGCAGGUCCACAGACGCAUGAACAGUUUAAUUGAUGAAGACAUAGCCCACAAGCAGAUCUCUCCAGCGUCCAUCGAGAUCUCAGCGCUGGAGAUCGGUGGCAUGCAGCCAGCUCAGACCCUGGAGCCGGUGCGCGAGUACCAGAACACGCAACUUUCUGUCACCACCUUUUUACCAGAACAGACAACUCAUGGUGCCAGCAGGACACUCACAGCUGCCUCGGGCAGCAACCUGCCGCUGCCCCUGAGCAGCUCAGCCACCAUGCCCUCCAUACAGUGCAAACACAGGUCACCCAACGGAGGACUAUUCCGGCAGAGCCCCGUGAAAACCCCGAUCCCAAUGUCAUUCCAGUCCGUGCCGGGGGGAGUCAUUCCAGAAGCAAUGGAGCCCUCACAUGGAACAUCCAUAUGACGAGAACAAACAGUAAAAACAACCAGCAGAGAUUUUUAAUACAAAAUUUAAAAGAAAGAAAAAAAAAAAAGAAAAAGAAAAUGAACUCUUACAUUUUUCUUGUAUAUACUUGUAAAUAAUGAAAGAAUGAAGUGGGGUAAAAGUGUAUUUUGAAUAUUCCCAAUUUUCGAAGUAAGUAAAAAACAAAACAAAAAACAAACAAAAAUGUAUGAAUGACUUUGUAAAUUUUGUUCUAUAUGAAUAAAAAGGCAAACUACUUGUGGUC